AUGAUCGCGGCGCAGGCCAAGCUGGUGUACCAGCUGAACAAGUACUACACGGAGCGGUGCCAGGCGCGCAAGGCGGCCAUCGCCAAGACCAUCCGCGAGGUGUGCAAGGUGGUGUCGGACGUGCUGAAGGAGGUGGAGGUGCAGGAGCCGCGCUUCAUCAGCUCGCUGAGCGAGAUCGACGCCCGCUACGAGGGCCUGGAGGUCAUCUCGCCCACCGAGUUCGAGGUGGUGCUCUACCUCAACCAGAUGGGCGUCUUCAACUUCGUCGACGACGGCUCGCUGCCCGGCUGCGCCGUCCUCAAGCUGAGCGACGGCCGCAAGCGGAGCAUGUCGCUCUGGGUGGAGUUCAUCACGGCCUCGGGCUACCUGUCGGCGCGCAAGAUCCGCUCGCGCUUCCAGACGCUGGUGGCCCAGGCGGUGGACAAGUGCAGCUACCGCGACGUGGUCAAGAUGAUCGCCGACACCAGCGAGGUCAAGCUGCGCAUCCGCGAGCGCUACGUGGUGCAGAUCACGCCCGCCUUCAAGUGCACCGGCAUCUGGCCGCGCAGCGCGGCCCAGUGGCCCCUGCCCCACAUCCCCUGGCCGGGGCCCAACCGCGUGGCCGAGGUCAAGGCCGAGGGCUUCAACCUCCUCUCCAAGGAGUGCUACUCGCUGACCGGCAAGCAGAGCUCGGCCGAGAGCGACGCCUGGGUGCUCCAGUUCGGCGAGGCCGAGAACCGCCUGCUGCUGGGCGGCUGCCGCAACAAGUGCCUCUCGGUGCUCAAGACGCUGCGCGACCGCCACCUCGAGCUGCCCGGCCAGCCGCUCAACAACUACCACAUGAAGACGCUGCUGCUCUACGAGUGCGAGAAGCACCCGCGGGAGACCGACUGGGACGAGGCCUGCCUGGGCGACCGCCUCAACGGCAUCCUCCUCCAGCUCAUCUCCUGCCUGCAGUGCCGCCGCUGCCCGCACUACUUCCUCCCCAACCUCGACCUCUUCCAGGGCAAGCCCCACUCGGCCCUCGAGAGCGCCGCCAAGCAGACCUGGCGCCUCGCCAGGGAGAUCCUCACCAACCCCAAGAGCCUCGACAAGCUAUAGGGACGCACCCACCGGCCGCCGCGCCACGCCGCGCGCAAAAGACUGCAGAGGGACCCCACAGACGCUUAUUUAAAAACGCCCGCCGCCAGGGAGGGGGACAGGAAAGAGACUCCCAGCCUAGCAUCGGGGGCGCCCCACCCCUUUUCUAUUAAAAAUACACCAUUAAACACAAAACAAAGCGACGGGACUUUUGCGACAGCCCGACAAAA